CCGGCUGGGCUUUUCUCGUUGGAUUUUAAUCCACCUAGGGGGGAUUUGGAGCACGGCGGGCAGCCGAUCCAGUUCCUCCACGAGCCGCCGCCGCCGGACGUCCUCCUCUUCCCCGCCGCCGGCAGCCGCUGUCGAGUGGCCCCCUUCCUCGCCGUGCGGCGGAAUAAUAAUCUCUUCUCGAUGCUCCGAAUCGCCUCUCGCGCGGUCUCGCUUGGAGGUAGGAGAUCCUACAGCGCCUCGCCGAAAGGCGGCCCCUCCAUCGCCGGCGUAGGUGACAUCAUCGCGGUCGCCUCAGGGAAAGGGGGAGUUGGCAAGUCGACCACUGCAGUUAACAUUGCUGUAGCACUUGCCAAGGAGUUUAAGCUUAAGGUUGGUUUACUAGAUGCUGACAUAUAUGGUCCAUCAGUUCCCACGAUGAUGAAUCUCCAUGCCAAGCCUGAAGUAAGUGAAGACAUGAAGAUGAUUCCAAUUGACAACCAUGGAGUGCGAUGCAUGUCUAUUGGUUUUCUGGUUGACAAAGAUGCACCAAUUGUUUGGAGAGGUCCUAUGGUAAUGAGUGCUCUCGAGAAGAUGACAAGGGGAGUAGCUUGGGGAAAUCUUGAUAUUCUUGUUGUUGAUAUGCCUCCAGGCACUGGUGAUGCUCAACUAUCAAUUUCACAAAGGCUUCAAUUAUCUGGUGCUUUAAUUGUUUCAACUCCUCAAGAUAUUGCUUUAAUCGAUGCUAGAAGAGGAGCCAAUAUGUUUCGGAAAGUCCAAGUUCCUAUUUUGGGAUUAGUAGAGAAUAUGAGUUGUUUUAAGUGCCCCAAAUGUGGUGAGAAAUCGUACAUUUUUGGGGAAGGUGGAGCCAAGAGAACUGCAGAGGAAAUGGAUAUGAAAUUGCUUGGUGAGAUACCUCUUGAAAUUAGCAUCAGAACAGGUUCAGAUGAAGGCAACCCUAUUGUCAUAUCUUCACCAAACUCAGCUUCAGCGCAGGCAUACGUACAUGCUGCUGAGAAGGUGACUGAGAGGCUCAAGGAGCUAGCAAAUGAGCGACUGAAGGGCCCAGAAAUCUUGCUCUGAGAAUACAGACCGCCCUGUUUCUUGUCCAACCAUUUUGUGUUUACAGUGAAUGGUGUACUGAACUGGUUUCAGUGGUGAAUGAUGACUAGAGUGUUGUUGCAAGUAGUUGGACUGGAAAGGUUACUCAAAUAAUGCUUUGGUGCCUACGAGCAUGUGCCAGCUCUGUUUUUAACUUAUUAAUGCUGGCAUAUCUUUGGGCGAUGUCAAAUGCCCCGAGUACACAGUGUUGCCUCUGGCUUCAUCAUGGCCUAGGUUAUUUCAUUGAUUUAUGGCAAAGUGACUCAAUUGUUUAA